GCUGCGCGAGGGGAGGGCGGCCCAGGGCUCGAGCUCGGGGAGCUGGGAGACGGGAGAGCGGAGACCGGACUGCGCAGGGUAGGUGGCGGCCGGACCCCGCCGGGGAGGCGGGCGCCCGUCCCUGGGAGCAAAGAGGGGGAAGCCUGGCGGCCGGGCCCUUCCUCUCUCCGUCUUCCGAGCGCUGCAGACGGUGACUCGUGCUCCGGAGAGCGCCAGGGGCGCGGCGGGCAGUGAGGGGGACGUGGCGGGCGCGGACCCCCGCUGAGAAGGCGCACGAUGCCGCCCGCGACGGCGACCGCCACGGUCUCCCUCCGGGAGCUGGCCGACCUGGCCAUCGGCACCCCGGAGGUGGGCGCCGUCAACUUCACGGCCCUGCACACGCUCAUCGUGGCCAUGCUCCGGAGCCUCAACCUGCAGGAGGUGCGCAUCAACUUCCAGUCGCCGUCGCCCGAGUCGAGUCGCUCCUCCGAGCUCCCGCGGACCGCGCUCAGCGCCCCGCAGCUGGCUGUGCCCAAAGAGAAGCCGCGCAGCAGCUCGGCCAGGCCGCCGGCGCUGGAGAGCCAGGUGAAGGACCUCAGCAAGCAGCUCAAGACCGUCACAAGCCAGGUGCAGGGCAUCAUGAGCCACGUGCAGCACCUUACUUAUCCCGUGGGCCGGCUGCCCGUGGACUCCCAGGACCGGCCGGAGGGGGAGAUGGCCGUGCUGCUGCCGGACAGGGCUCGAGGAGGGUCGGUGAAAAUCGCGAAGGACGGCGAGCUGGACGGCGAGCGGGCCAGCGCCACCAAGGCCACGGUGCUGCUGCACGAUGUCGCAGAAGAUGUGAAAGCCUUGAAAGAAGCCAAGGAAAAGGCGCAGGAGCAUUCCGAGAAAGCCUUCCAACGGUUGGAUGAACUAGAGAAGAAAAUCAGAGAACGGGACAAAUUCCUGGACCUAGUGGGCCGGAAGCUGAGUUUGAUGCCUGUUGGAGAAGAAGUCACCAUGGUCACCUGGGAGGAGCUAGAGCAAGCAAUUACUGAUGGCUGGAGGUCCUCACAAGCGGGCUCAGAGACAACAACGGGACUCCUUAAACGCAAAAAGCAUACUUCCUUAACAUCGGAUGACGGAGCCUCCACCAAGCACUCAAGUGCUGACCCAACUGUGGAUUCUGCAGAUGGUCAUGGUUCCGAUCGGACCUUAUCAGGACUCAGUGCCAUGGGAUACCCCUCCGAAGGAGUUGGCGGGGAACGAAAGAAAAGCACCCCCGCCACUGCAUCCCCUGGUAGAGGACAGCACCCAAGGGCCCGUGACGAGGCUGGCUUGGCAAAGUCCCAUCAGCCACCUGUGUCCCAAUUCAGACUAGAGUCAGAUCGUCACAGGACUAGAGAGCUGCAGCCGCACACCUCAGCAUAUCUAAGAAAAGAUGAACGAGAGGCACACCCUGGUCUAGUUCAACAGGACUUGCCCUCAGCCACCGCGAUCGGAGAUCAGCAUCCUCACGUGUACCCAGAUCAGCAGGGGGGGGUACAUGUUAGCUAUGGUCAAAUCUAUCCGAGGCCAGACCAACGUGGAACAGCACCGCUUGGCAUGGAUCAGCUUGCAUCGCUCCAUCAUAGCACUUACCCACACAGUGUGGUACCCCUCAGCGUGGGUCAGCUUGGUAUGACGCCACCUGGAAUGGAUGAGCAGGGCAUGGCUCAGCGUGGUAUGAUGCCACCACUGGUACCUGGCAGAGAUCGGCAAGGCUUGCGACCACCUAGUACAGAUCAGCCUGGUAUGGUUCCAUUUAGCACGUAUCAGCACAGCAUGAUAUUUCCUGGCACGGACCGACAGCCUGAUGUGGCUCAGCGUGGAUUGGUACCUCCUCACGUGGAUCAGCAUGGAUUUUUAAUAGCCAGCAUGGAUCAGCAAGGACUGGCAGUGCCUGGCAUGGAGCAGCAUGGACUGGUUCCGCAUCUCAUCGAUCAGCACGGUUUGGGACCAACUGGCACAGAACAGAAUGCUUUAGUCCAGCCUGGUUUGCUCCAGCCUGGUGCGGGUCAGCCUGGUUUGGUCCAACCUGGAAUGGAUCAGCGUGGUUUGGUGCAGCCUGUGGUAGAUGAAAGUGGUUUGGUUCAGCCUGGUGCUUAUCUACCUGACUGGGUUCAACCUGGUGCAUAUUCCGGUGGCUGGGUCCAGCCUGGUGCCUAUCCUCUUGAUUUGGUGUACCCUGAUGCAUAUCCAUCUGGUUUAGUACAGCUUGGUGCAGAUCAGCCUGGUUUGAUGCAACCUGGAUUGGGUCAGCAAGAUUCAGCCCAACCUGGAAUGGAUCAGUGCGAUUUGGGGCAGCCUGGAAUGGAUCAACGUGGCUUGGUCCAACUUGGAAUGGAUCAGCGUGGUUUAGUGCAACCUGGCAUAGUUCAGCCUGGGUUGGUGCAACCAGGAGCAGCUCAGGUUGGUUUGGUGCAACCAGGAGCAGCUCAGCCUGGUUUGGUCCAACCUGGAGCAGGUCAGCCUGGUUUGGUCCAACCAGGAGCAGGUCAGCCUGGUUUCGUGCAACCUGGAGCAGGUCAGCCUGGUUUGGUACAACCCGGAAUGGAUCUGGGUGGUUUGGUCCAACCCCGAAUGGGUCAGCGUGGUUUGGCACAACCUGGUUCAGCUCAGCCUGGUUUGGUCCAACCUGGAGCGGCUCAGCCUGGUUUGGUGCAGCCUGGUGCAGCUCAUCCUGGUUUGGUCCGACCUGGAGCAGGUCAGCGUGGUUUGGUCCGACCUGGAGCAGCUCAGGUUGGUUUGGUGCAACCUGGUGCAGCUCAGCCUGGUUUGGUGCAACCUGGAGCAGCUCAGCCUGGUUUGGUCCAACCUGGAGCAGGUCAGCCUGGUUUGGUGCAACCCGGAAUGGAUCGGCGUGGUUUGGUCUACCCUGGUGCUGAUCAGGGUGGUUUGGUCCAGCCUGGUGCAGGUCAGCCCGAUUUGGUACAACCUGGUGCAGGUCAGCCUGGUUUGGUGCAACGUGGAGUGGGGCAGCGUGGUUUGGCAGAGCCUGGCCCAGGUCCACGUGGCGUUUUUCAACCUGGUGCCUAUCCACCUGGUUUGCUACAGCCAGGUGCAUAUCUUCCCGGUUCAGUGGAGCCUGGUGCCUAUCCACAAGGUUUGGUUCCACCUGGUGCCUAUCCUCGCGGUUUGGUCCAGCCUGGUGCACUUCCACGUGGUUUCAUGCAGCCUCUUACUGAUCAGCGUGGCUUGAGGCAACCCGGUAGAGAUCAGCAAGGCUCAAUGCCAUCAAGCACAGAGCUUCGUGGCUUUCCAACAUUCCACCCGGAGUCUCUAAGAUUUAUAUCACCAUAUCCAUAUCAGCAUGGUGUAAUGCCUCCUAGCAGAGGUCAGCAUGGCCAGGUGUCACCGCUCCUCUCCGGUCAAGGCUUGGCACCACCAGGUACUGACCAAGAGGGUUUAUCAGAAACUUACCAGCCAGGCGUGAUACAUCCGGGCACAGAUCAGGGCGGCCAAAUAAAACCAGGUGCAGACCAGCACAACCAGUCAUACUCUAUCCCAGAAUCCCGUGACCUAACGUACCCUGGCCCUCGGGGCCCAGGCUUUCCUGGGGUAGAUCAGCUCCAGGUCAGUGUGGAUCCACAACAAACACAUACCUCAGACCGAGCUGGAAUUUCUGUCCAGACUACCCCAAGCCAAGAAGCCACCUCUGCCAAGAGUACAGUCUUUCUCAACGAUCUCUACCGAGUCUCAUCCGGAAGGGUCAAUGUCCAGAGCGAAAGACAUGAUUCCCUGGAUAAAUUGUCUCCCAGCUUCCCUAUAGCAGUGGAAACAUUUCGUCUGAUGGGAGAGCUCAUUGGCCUUUAUGUAGAGCUCAAGGAGAACAUGAAGGAGCUGGAUGAGGAGAAGGCUGGCCAGACGGACUUAGAGAAGUUACAGUACUUGCUUUCACUCAUGGUCAAAAAGACUAUACCACCUGACCUGCAGGAACAGAUGAAGACCUUAAAGGCCUUGACCAAAGAAGUGCGGCAGGAAAGAGCCAAACUGGACAAGAUACAGAGGCUCCUGGAGGGCGAAAGGGAACAGGAAAUCGGAAAAGAAAUGAAAGACGACCAGCUGAGCACGCAGCUGGGAAUCCUCAGAGUCACCGUGGCCGACAUUGAGAAGGAGUUGGCCGAGCUCAGGGAGAGCCAAGAGCGGGGCAAGGUCAGCAUGGAACAUUCAGUCUCCGAAGCCUCUCUCUACCUGCAGGACCAGCUGGACAAGCUCAGGACGAUCAUCGAGAGCAUGCUGGCCUCAUCCUCCACGCUGCUGUCCAUGAGCAUGACUCCUCGCAAGAUCCUAACGGCCUCGGCACCUAGCCAGAUCGACCCUGAGACCGCCUGCCCGGCCUGCAGCCUGGACCUGGGCCAUCAGGUCAGCAUGCUGGUGCAGCGUUACGAGCAGCUCCAGGACAUGGUCACCAAUCUGGCUGCCACCCGGCCCUCCAAGAAAGCCAAGCUGCAGAGCCAGGACGAAGAGCUGCUGGGCCACAUCCAGAGCGCCAUCCUGCAGGUACAGGGCGACUGCGAGAAACUCAACAUCACCACCGGCAGCCUCAUCGAGGACCAUCGGCAGAAGCAGAAGGACAUUGACGUGUUGUACCAGGGUCUGGAGAAGCUCGAGAAGGAGAAGGCCAACAGGGAGCACCUGGAGAUGGAGAUUGACGUGAAAGCUGACAAGAGUGCCCUGGAGGCCAAAGUGAGCCGGGUCCAGUUUGACGCCACCACGGAGCAGCUGAACCACAUGAUGCAGGAGCUGAUGUCUAAAAUGAGCGGGCAGGAGCGGGACUGGCAGAAAAUGCUGGACAAGCUGCUGGUGGAGAUGGACAGCAAGCUGGACCGCCUGGAGCUGGACCCCGUGAAGCAGUUGCUGGAGGACCGGUGGAAAGCCUUGCGGCAACAGCUUAAAGAGCGCCCUCCCCUCUACCAGGCGGACGAGGCAGCGGCCAUGCGGAAGCAGCUCUUGGCACAUUUCCACUGCCUCUCGUGCGACCGUCCCUUGGAGACACCUGUGACCGGACAAAUUAUCCCUGUGAUUCCCAUGGGCCCAGGCCUGCCCGGGCACCGUUCCAUCCGCCCCUACACGGUCUUUGAACUGGAGCAGAUCCGGCAGCAGAGCCACAACCUAAAGCUGGGCUGUGCCCCCUUCCCUCGGGGCGACUUGGCGCACAUGGAGCGGAGCGUGGGACGCCUGCGCACCAUGCACUCCAAGAUGCUGAUGGACAUUGAGAAGGUGCAGAUCCACUUUGGAGGCUCAGUCAAGGCCAGCAGCCAGAUGAUCCGUGAGCUGCUGCAGGCCCAGUGCCUGAGCUCCCCCUGCCACAGACGGGUGCCAGACAUGGCCGACUACACCUACUCGAGCGCGCCUCGGCGCUGCGGGGGCAGCCACACCCUCACCUACCCCUACCGCCGCAACCGCCUGCAGCACCUGUCACAGGGCCUGUACCCCACCGAGGAGAUCCAGAUCGCCAUGAAGCAUGAUGAGGUGGAUAUCUUGGGCCUGGAUGGACAUAUUUACAAGGGACGGAUAGAUACAAGGCUGCCGGGCAUCCCGAGCAAAGACACCCCGGUCUCAGCUUCGGGGAUGACAAAGCACAAGGCCAAGCAGCCCCGGCCGCACACGCACCGGCAGCAGUCUCUCAGCGACAGCAGCCAGCUGCCCUCCCGGCCACAAAGUGCUCAGAUGCUGGCUGGCAACAAUUCAGCUCCUUCCCAUCGGCGCAAAGACAGACCCGUCUCCUCCGAGGGGCUCCUCUCCCAGCCGAACGUGGCCCACCCGCCCAGCCCCAGCGAGAUGGGAAACCGGCCGGCGGAUGUGGACGCGCACCUGGAUGUCCCGCCGGGGGAGGGUCUCGAGGAGCCCACCCGGGGGCCGAGGUCCACCGCUGCUCACUGAGCAAAGCUACAAAUAAAUGUUUAGGAAGAA